CCAUGAAUGGAAACCCACAAAAUCCUUAUUGCAGUGGAAUUGAUGGCGUAAUGGAAGCAUAUUAUAUGAGUUUAAAAUCUGUACAGCUUUAUGGACCAACAAACUUUGCUCCAGUUAUUAAUCAUGUAGCAAGAUAUGCUGCCUCAAUAAAAGAUGGGUCCCAGUAUUUUGUUCUUCUCAUUAUUACAGAUGGAGUCAUUUCUGAUAUGGCUCAGACAAAGGAAUCCAUAGUGAACGCUGCAAAGCUUCCAAUGUCAGUAAUAAUAGUGGGCGUUGGACCAGCAGAAUUUGACGCCAUGGAAGAACUGGAUGGUGAUGAAGUAAGGGUUUCAUCAAGAGGAGUUUACGCAGAAAGGGAUAUAGUACAGUUUGUACCAUUUCGGGAUUACAUUGACAGAACUGGAAACCACAUACUAAGUAUGGCCCGACUUGCAAGAGAUGUCUUAGCUGAGAUCCCAGACCAGUUCCUUUCCUAUAUGAGGGUCAGAGGAAUCAAGCCAUCUCCUGCACCACCUCCCUACACACCACCUAUUCACGUGGUGCAGACUCAGAUAUGAGCACUUCAAAUACUGAAGGCUUUUCAAAAUCAUACAGUGCUGCCAAGAAAGAGUUCCAGUUCAGUGAUGCACUUUAAGAGCCAGUGAGCUCUUUGUAUGCAGUAAGUAGAAUCUUCUAGUGGGCUUUGGGGUGGGGGAGAGAUUAACUUCAUACACCAAAAUGUUCAAUCUGGUUGCAUGCGCAACUGAACAGCUUUUUAUUUACAAGAAGCAAAAUGGUGAACUUUGUUUCUGAGUGUUACUCUGCUUCUAACAGAAAAGCCGAUUAUUAUUAUAAUUAUUAUAUUAUGUGGGGUUUUUGGAGAAAGCACAAGACCACGGGUUCUAUUCAAAAGUCCUUGUCUUUCUGACUUAAUAUGUAUAUAUAAUGUGAAUGCAAUUCCUCUGUAUCACAGUUUACAUGUUACUACUUUUGAAAUGUAACUAAUUUUUUAUACUUAUUCUUAAACAUUUGGAAUAGUGUAUUGUCUUCUAUCUUGCAAUAGUAAAAAUCCACAAGAGAAGCAAUAUCUCUUUGAAUGAUUGUCCAGACAAAUGCAAGCUAAGAAUAGAAAGUGGGGACAAAUACAUUCAUAGGUCUCAAUAAUGGAAACACCUCACUCAGAUGCUCAGUAAAGUAUCAACCUGAUAUAUUCGAGAAUAAGCUUCCAAGAUGUGAAUAAUGUAAGAAUAUGUAUUUUUGCAAGAUACUUCAGUCCUGAAAGAACUUGUGUUUACAUUUUUUAAGAUUGAUUAUGCUGGCAUAAUAAAUGAUAACAACAGUAUCAUGCACUUCUAAUAACUUUGGAGCCCUGUGUUUAGCUCAUGUAAGGUGUGAAAUCUGUAAAGUAUCUUGCAUUGAAUAAUAGUACACCUUUGGCAUUAUAUUGCUUUCUACAAGUGAAUAUCUUACUAUGAUUGACAGCUGUUAUAUAUAUAGAUAUAUAUAGAUAUAUAUAUAGCCAGUUGCUGUGCGGUUUGUCUAGAUUGUCUGUUCAAAAGGGGACUGGCUCAUUUGAGUUGGCUGAGACACAGUCACAUUACCAUGGAGGGCACAUAAGUGGUGAAUCUUAUUUAACUUGAUUAAAACUGCACAACUGUAUUGCUUUGUGCACAACUUUGUGUAUAGAACUACACAAAUAUUUUAUGAUAUGCCUGUUCUUAUCCCAAUUAUCCAAUGUUUUUGCAUGUACAGUUUUUACAAGAAAUUCACAUUUUUCUGAGUAUUUGUGUCAAAAUUUUAAAGUAGAACAAAUGGCCUUAAAUCUCACAGAUAUCCUGGAAAUGAUUGUGAAUUGCCUUCAAAUGACCUGUUUUCUGUCAAAAUUGUAAUUGCCUUGUAAUGUGUAGCGCUCUUUUUUGGCACAUAACCUGUUUGGUACUUUCUUUACUAUUAUAUAUGUUAUACUGAAUAAUAUUAAAUUAAGGUGCAUUUUUAAAGCAUGAAAGGGAUUUCUUCUGGAAAAGCAAAUACAUAUAGCAUCAACAGCAUUUAAUCCUAUGUAAUAGAGAAUUUUCCAUUUAAAAAUAUAUUAAAGGUCAUUAAAAUAUCAUAUUGGAAAGUGCUUCUCUGAAUAAUAUGAGUAUUAAUCAAAUUAUUCAGAAUAGCUAAAUAUCAUAAAUAAUAACUUCUUCAAAUAUUGAAAUUGCCAACAUAAAGACAAUUUGAUUUUAUUUAGACAGGAAUUGUAAAAUAUUCAGAAUUCUGAAACACCAUAUAACUUCCUUGAAUAAACCAGACAGUAAAAACCCUGUUCUAAAAAAAAAAGCAGAAAGUUGCCAAACACUAAGUACUAAACAUUUCUCUUAUUUACACUAGCAGCUAAUGCAGUAACGUUUCCUUAUUACUCAUUCUUCGGAAAUUUCCCAAGAGUGUCUUUCGAUUCCAAGUUUUUCUGUUUUACAGUUGUGUUACUACUGAAAUAAAAAAGGCAAUUUCUGAA